AUGUCCCGACAAAAUUUAUCAUCGUCUGUUAGAGAAUUACCAUCAUUUAAAAAACCCUCACCACCACUCCCAGCAGGAAGACCAGAACUAUCACAAUCAAUUGAUCAUAAUAAUAAUAAUACAAACACAAAUACAAGCACAAAUACAAGAACCUGCAGUAGCUUAAAUUCAUCAACAUCAUCGCUACCAUCUUUUUCACCUUCUAAUGGAAACGGUUUUGCAUCAAUGAAACCACCUCUAUCAAGACAAAAUACACAAUCACCAGUAAAGUUUUCAUCAUCACCACCAUUAAAACCCCAACCAUCAGCAACUAGCAAUAAUAGUAAUAAUAACAAUAAUAAAUUCAAUAAACCUAAUUUAGGACAUAUGAUAAUUUUUAUUAAAAAAAUUACAAAUGGUAGUUGUCCACCAGAAACUGGUGGUCCAUUCCCAUUCAUCCAGCUAAUUCGUCAGCAACCACAACAUCAACAACCACAACAAUCACAUCAACCAAUCCCAUUCAUCAAACGAAUUAGUCAGCAACCCCAAUCCCAACAACCACAGCAACCAAAGCAACCACAACAACCAAUUCCAAAACAACCAAUUCAACAACAACCAAUCCCACAACAACCAAUCCCAUUUAUCCAACGAAUUCGUCAGCAACCCCAACCACAACAACCACAGCAAUCACAACAACCAAUCCCAUUCAUUGAACGAAUUCGUCAACAACUCCAACCACAACAAACCCAUUCACAACCAACACAACAACCCCAAACCCAAAAUGCUCCAAUAAAGCCAAAUGAAAUUGAUUUAUCUUUGGUCAAUUCAAAUGGAAGAUUAAGUUUAGAUCCAACUCCAUUGAAUGAAACAGAAAAGGCAUAUAUACGUUUAAAUGAACGUAUCGAAAUUUAUCAACUAAUGCCAAAAAAGGAAAUCCCAGGUGAUGGUAAUUGCCAAAUGCAUGCGCUAUCAGACCAGAUAUUUGGUGACUUGGAGCAUAGUGUAAUAAUAAGAAAUAACAUUGUCGAUUGGCUUAGACAAAAUAAAGGUUUUUACCUUCCAAAUGGAGAAACCCUCUCAGACUUUGUAACUACAAACAGUUGGGAGGAAUAUUGUGAUAAAAUGUCCAAAAAUGGCACAUGGGGCGAUCAUUUAACAUUGGUCGCUGCAGCUGAAUUUUAUAAGAUAAAUAUUUCUAUAAUAUCUUCAGUUGAAUCCGAGAGUAGUUCUUUCAUAGAAAUUACUCCAAGUAUUAAAUGCGAGAAUGGAAUUUUGUUAUCACAUUUUGCAGAAUUCCAUUACGGUUCUUUAUGCUUAUUAGCUAAUUAA